UGUUUCAGAUGGAUGAUCGAUCAUGGAGUAUGAUCCAUCGAUUCAAACAGUUUUUACUAGAAAGACUAUUUCUCGUUUACAGAAUGAAAAAAAUCGUAUAAAUUUCUGUCAAGAGACAUUGAAUUGAGAAAUAAAUUAAUGGAUGAUCGCUUUCUUCGCAAUUUCCUGAGGCAUAAUUAUAAACGGUCAGUGAAUUCAAAUGCCAUGACGAUCGAGAGAGUGUUCGUGUGAGAGCAAAGGAAAAGCGCCGGCUGAACGAAUGAAAUGGAAACAAAGCAAGCAAGCAGUUUGAUCUUUGAAGCUGUGUGAUCCGAAAUUUGUUUUCUAUUUAAGAUCUCAACAACAAAUUGGAGCAACUGAGGAAAACCUCAGCUGCUCUGCUUGACCGCCUAGCUGAUCGGAGUCUGAGUCGGCCCUGAAUUGAAGUUCUUGCAACAAGUUCUCACCAACUUAUUGAAAGCGACGCUUUUCUUGAAUUUUCUUGACAAUUGUUGCUGAUUUGGUCGUCUAAUUUUGAAGCUUGCUUUGCAAGUUUUCUUUAUAAGUUGAACUGCCCCAAGUCUUUGAGGAGAUUGGCCAUUUGCGCUGUCAAAUUUGGCUUUUCGAUCGUCAGCCGGUAAGGCUGAAAGAUCAAAGCUCAUCCUACCUAAUGUUCAGUCUCAGCUGGAGAAAAACUAUUGGUAAAGCAAUCUGACCUUUACGACAAUCUGGAUUCUUGAGUUCCUGCGUCGUAUUAAUUGGUAGAGGGAAUCAGUAAGUGUAGCAUUAUUGAGUAAAGAACCUGGAUUGAUUUCUGCAGUUAAGAGGCAACGCCAAAACGAACAGGGAGAGAGUCCCUGUCCCUGUUCGUUUGCAUGGUCUUCUGAGUAUUGGAAGCAGGAAGGGGAGAUGAUUUUAGUCUCGUUAUCCAAUUGAAAAGUCUGAAAAAGUUUUAGUCCGUGAUUUGUGUUUCCUUGUAGAAUAUUAAAACGAUCUUGUGAAUGAUAUAAAAAAAAUUAGAAUUUAGAAAAAAUUGAUCAGAGAGAUGUAGAUGAUAUACAGAAAAAAUUGACGAGAGAUAAAAAAGGAGAAAGGAGAAGGGAAUUUAUUAACAUUGUUUUGACAGAAGGUUGUACAAUCGGACAUGAUUUAGGCGUAAGGAGAAGGGAAUUCAUGAGCAUUGUUUUGACAGAAGGUUGUACAAUUGCACGAGAUUCAGGCGCUCUGAAAAUUUGAGGACAUUUAUAUUAAAUUCAAUUUCAACUAGUCCCUGAAUAAUGAGAACCGCUUCGUCCAGUGUGGGGAGCGAGAGGGAAUUGAGCUUGGGACGUGGCAAUGGCCAUGGACGAAAAUGGAGCUCCGCUGGUAACAGCAGAAAAUCGAGCAUGGAUUUGUCCUACGACGGCAAUGGAGAUGUGGCAAUAGAACUGGACAAAGAAGAGGAGCUAGUUGAAGUGACUCUGGAUGUUCGGGACAAUGAAAUUGUUCUGCGCAGCGUGGUUCCGGCUAAUAAUGAGGACCCCGACUAUGGAAUCCUGGCUAUGGAUGGCUUUGAGCGGAGGAGUUCUCGUAGUUCUUCCUUUAGCAGAAGUGCUUCGAGCCGGUUGAGGCAGUUUUCGCAGGAAUUCAAGUCUGAGGCCUCGUCCAAAGUGAGGAAACUGUCGCAGGAUUUCAUGGCAGAGCUGAAGCGUAUUUCGUGGAACCAUUCCACCGCUCAGCGUUCUCUUGGCGAGGAUCCUCUGUCUGCCAGGGCUGUCAGAAAACAGAGGGCUCAACUUGACAGGAAUCGAUCCGGUGCCCAGAUUGCUCUCAGGGGACUCAGAUUUAUCAGUAAGACUACGGCCAAUAGUAAGGACGGGCAGGAGCUCUGGAACUCUGUGGAAGCGCAGUUCCAUCUUUUCGCUAAACAAGGCUGGCUCUCCCGCUCUGACUUCGCCCAUUGCAUCGGAAUGAAGGAUUCAAAGGAAUUUGCUGCAGAGAUAUUCGAUGCUCUGGCUCGCAGACGGAACCUGAUGCGAGAUCACAUAACGCUGGAUGAAUUGCAGGAUUUCUGGCUGCAGAUAUCAGACCAGAGCUUUGAUUCUCGCCUGCAAAUAUUUUUCGACAUGGUAGACAAGAACGCCGAUGGAAGAGUAACAGAGGAAGAAGUAAAAGAGCUUAUUAUGUUGAGUGCUUCUGCAAACAAAUUAUCAAAACUUAAAGAACAAGCAGAGGAAUACGCCGCACUGAUAAUGGAGGAGCUGGACCCUGAAAAUUUUGGAUACAUUGAGCUAUGGCAAUUAGAGACCUUGCUAUUACAACGAGACACUUAUAUGAAUUAUUCUCAAGCUCUGAGCUGCACCAGCCAAGCUUUGAGCCAAAACCUGGGUCCAAUAACGAGAAAUCCAGUUCAGAAGGCAGCGUCGAAGGUCAGGAUUUUCAUGGAUGAGAAUUGGCAAAGGGUGUGGGUUAUCAUCUUAUGGGCAUUUGCAAUGAUAGCGCUUUUCACAUGGAAGUUCUUCCAGUACAAAGAUAAGCAAUCCUUUAAAGUUAUGGGCUAUUGCCUGCUCACUGCUAAAGGUGCUGCAGAAACUCUCAAACUCAACAUGGCACUCAUAUUGCUUCCUGUGUGUAGAAAUACCAUCACUUGGCUCAGAUCCACUAAGCUUGGUCUCUUCGUUCCCUUUGAUGAUAACAUAAAUUUUCACAAGACAAUUGCAGCAGCAAUUGUUGUAGGAGUACUUCUACAUGUUGGCAACCAUUUAGCUUGUGAUUUCCCUCGUUUGGUGAACGCUCCCCAAGAAAAAUUCUCUUUAAUAGAGAAAGACUUCCAUUACAAACAGCCAACAUAUGGUGACCUUGUCAAAGGCCCAGAAGGAAUUACAGGGAUCCUCAUGGUUAUUCUUAUGUCCAUUUCAUUCAUACUUGCAACUCGCUGGUUCAGAAGAAAUGUUGUCAAGCUUCCGCGGCCUUUCAACAGAUUGACAGGGUUUAAUGCCUUUUGGUAUUCUCACCAUCUUUUUGCUAUAGUCUACGUUCUGCUCAUCAUCCAUGGGUCCAUGAUCUAUCUUGCGCACAAGUGGACUGCAAAAUCUACAUGGAUGUAUCUUGCUGUACCAUUUCUAUUAUAUACGGCCGAGAGGAUUCUAAGGUUCUUCAGGUCGGGAUAUCGCUCUGUAAGAAUAUUGAAGUUUUCGAUGUAUCCUGGAAAUGUCUUGAGCGUUAUAAUGUCGAAGCCACAAGGGUUCAAAUACAAGAGCGGGCAAUAUAUUUUUCUGAAAUGUCCUGCAGUCUCGCCUUUUGAAUGGCAUCCAUUCUCUAUAACCUCAGCUCCCGGAGACGAUUACAUAAGUGUUCACAUUCGCACGUUGGGAGAUUGGACCCAAGAAUUGAAACGAAUUUUUGCAGGAAUAUGUGAGCUCCAAACAAUUGGAAAGAGCGGGGCUGAAGUAACACCUGAGAAGAGUGUGGGCAUAAGUCUUCCAAAGCUCUUUGUGGAUGGACCAUACGGAGCUCCAGCACAAGAUUACAGAAAUUAUGACGUUUUACUACUGGUUGGGCUUGGUAUUGGAGCUACACCUUUCAUUAGCAUCUUGAAGGACAUGCUCAUCAACAUAAAAUAUUCAGAGGAUAACCUAACUGACUCAAACCCCAGUAUAAACCAAGACUCAAAUCCCAGAAUAAGCCAGGACUCAAAUCCCAGCAUAAGCCAGUCCUCCUCCUCUGAUAGCUUUAAAAAAGCCAAGACAGACUCCAGUAAACAAUCUAUUAUAAGUCCCAAGAAAAAGAAGUCCCUGAAGACAACCAAUGCAUAUUUCUACUGGGUCACUAGAGAACAAGGCUCAUUCGACUGGUUCAAAGGAGUCAUGAAUGAAGUGGCUGAGAUGGAUCAGAAGAGUGUAAUAGAAAUGCAUAAUUAUUUAACAAGUGUAUACGAGGAAGAAGAUGCUCGAUCCACUCUGAUUGCCAUGGUGCAAGCACUGAAUCAUGCUAAGAACGGCCUGGACAUUGUGUCUGGAACAAGGGUUAGAACACAUUUUGCAAGGCCCAAUUGGAAGAAAGUUUUCCAAAGGUUAUCUUCAAAGCAUCCAUCUUCAACCGUAGGUGUUUUUUACUGUGGGGCUCCGGUUUUGGCAAAAGAAUUAACCAGACUGUCGCAGGAAUACACCCACAACACAUCCACCAGAUUCGAGUUCCAUAAAGAGUACUUUUAAAAAAUAAAUUUGAUCUGUAAUCAAUAUUUAUUAUUGUCGAGCAAGCAAAUUGCUUAACUAAAUUUAUCUUUAUUCAAAGGUUUUGUAGAUUACAAGUGCAAUGCUUCCAUUGCAUUUAUAUCGGUAUUAAUCUUGUAUAGGAAAAGGCUUCUGCUAUCUUAUAUUAACGGUUCAGAUAGCUGAGCUUGGCAGGAGUACUAUGAUAUAUUUAUCAUAUAAGCUGUUGAUCACUAUCUUUGAGUACCUAUAACAACUCGAUGAAGACAUAAAAUGUAAUUUGUUUCUUUCCAGGAACCUGGAAAUUUCAUACAAUUAAAGAAAAAGAUCAUGUAGAGAAUCAUGAUCAUAAUUGUACAAUACACUGGUAUUUGAAGAAUCUAUGACACGUCAGUCACAGAAUAUUUGCACAUUCUUCCUCCCGUUUUGAUUUUUUAUUACAGCUCUGAAAUUAACAUGGCUGGGAGUAUAUUGAAUCAUUGGAAAGGUUCCAAUAUCAUUAUUUUAAUA